AAAGAAAAAAAAAAAGCAUAGAAAUUUCGUGGGGAGAUAACAAGGAAACUGCAAAUAAAAUCAAAGUAGUUACAGUUAAAAAGAGUCCCCACCUCUUCUUUUUCUUCUUCUUCUUCCCAUCUCAUCGCGCCAACAUGCUUAAACUGUACCGUAAUUUGUCCGUAAUAUGCAUAACUGUCAGCUCAAGUUGUUUCUCUUUUCUUCUUCCCAUCCCAUCUCCUUGACUUUGGAUUCCCAUAUUACUCCUCUCAAUAUCUUUGUCCGCAAUAUAACUUGGUUUUUUUCCCUCGAUUCCUUUUCCUGCCAUCCGAAUUAGUAUUUUAUGUCGGUUCUCUAUCUUAUUACCCUUUUAUACUCUUUAAAUACCACCAAACACUCCCAAUUCCCUUGAUCCUCAUUGUUCUCUUCUAUUUUUUUUAAAAAUAUUUUCUCGGUUUUUUUUUGGCUUCAACGAUGGCGGGAGUGAAUGGUGAGAAGUUGAAGAGGCUAAGAGCAUGGGUUCAAAAUUAUGAGUGGGGAAGAAGCGGGGCGGAGGCAGAGGUGGCGAGGCUGUUGGCCUUGAAUUCCGGGGCAGAGAUAGAGCCAAACAAGCCUUAUGCUGAGUUUUGGAUGGGAACCCAUGAAUCGGGGCCAAACGUUUUGGUUGAGGAGGAAGGAGAAGAAGAAGAAGAAAAAGAGCAACAAGAUGUGGGAUUGAAAGAGUGGAUUGAGAAGAACCCAAAAGUGCUGGGUCAUAAGGUUUUGGAAAAAUGGGGCUCUGAUCUUCCUUUCUUGUUCAAGGUACUGUCAGUGGGGAAAGCGCUGUCAAUACAGGCGCAUCCGGAUAAAGAAUUGGCCAAAGAAUUGCAUAAGAUGAAGCCCAAUCUGUACAAAGAUGCUAAUCACAAACCUGAGAUGGCUUUGGCUAUAACUGAGUUCAGGGCACUUUGUGGCUUCAUUACUCUCCAGGAGCUUAAGGAAGUGCUUGAAGAUGUUCCGGAGAUAGUAGAAUUGGUCGGCACUGCAUCCGCGAAGCAAGUCAUGGAGAUUGACGAGCGAGGUGGCGAUACUGCCGACAAAGCUAAAACUGCUCUGCGGUCGGUUUUUACGCAACUUAUGUCUGCAAGCAAGGAGAUGACCACGAAAGCUAUAUCCAAACUUAAAAGUCGGCUGCUCCUACAAAGUCAGUUGAGGAGUCUGACGGAGAAAGAAGAGUUGGUGUUGCAGUUGGAAAAGCAAUACCCCGGAGACAUAGGUGUGUUAUCGGCUUUCUUCUUCAAUUACGUGAAACUUAAGCCAGGGGAAGCUUUGUAUCUGGCGGCCAAUGAGCCCCACGCUUAUUUAAGUGGCGACUGCGUUGAAUGCAUGGCAACCUCCGACAAUGUCGUCCGAGCUGGUCUCACUCCCAAGCAUCGUGAUAUCCAAACCCUCUGUUCUAUGCUCACCUAUAACCAGGGCUACCCUGAAAUCCUUUCGGGACUUGCAUUGAGUCCUUACAUAACAAGGUACCUCCCACCGUUUGAUGAGUUCGAGGUUGAUCGUUGCAUUCUUCCGAAAGGGUCGUCGGUGGUUUUCCCGGCCAUCCCGGGUCCUUCAAUCUUCCUCGCAUUUGUUGGGGAAGGAAAAAUGAAAACUGGAUGUUGGGAAGGCAUUGUUACUGAAGGAGAUGUGGUGUUCGAACCAGCCAACACAGAGCUCGUCAUUACUGCGACUACAUCUGAGCUGCAACUUUAUAGGGCAGGGAUCAACAGCAGGUUCUUUCAUGGUCAAUGAAUUUAUGAACACUGCCGGCGUCUACUGCCAUUAUCAUUCAGCAGCCUUAGUGAGUAAAAUAAAUUAUUUAAUUUCAUUUAUUUAUGCUUUCUUUUGCUGCCAUUUUAUGGUUAUAAUGUAAUUUUAGGACCUGCAUAUAUAUUCUGUGAAUAUAUAAAUAACUGAAAUCACUCCCAAUAUUGAGUUGUGUUUUCUAAUACUAUUUUAAUGGUAUGAUAUAUAGCUUUAAAAAUUAAACCGGUUAGAUCCCAAUGACGCAACAGUGAAAAAUAAAAAGAAUUAAGUGCCUGAUUAUAAUAUCAUAUGUAAUGAUCUUUCAAAUGGAAAGGAGAGGCAUUUUUUCCUUUCAAAAAAGUUAAAUUAUUAAUAUAACUCUAAUAAUAUUUAUUUAUUUAUUUUAUUUUAUAACGAGUUUUUAGUUAAAUUCUGAUACCAGCGUUGUCAGGUUUUAUAAUUAGAAAAAAAAUUCAAUAAAAUUAAUAGCAAUCAACUUUGGAAGUGACGAAUUAACCCAACAAGGGAAAUGUUAACCAAUGUUUAAACAUCACCUAAAAGGUGGGUUUAUAAACCAAAUGAGCUAAACAUUGGGUUAGCUAUAAAAAGGCAUUUUCUUUUUGCUGCUCAAAUAAAUAUAUGCAUAAAAUCUUUCAAAAAGAAUAAAAAAAGAAAUGCCUGAAAUGAACCCUAAUAUUGUCUAACAUAAAAUUUGAAUAUACCCUAACAAUGACCAAACUCCAAGAAAGAAAAGAAAACUUGGUGAUUGAGAAUGGAUAAUACAAAUUCGGAUAUUUUAGAUUGUUAUCUGUUCAAACCGUUUAGCCAUGAUAGUAUGACAUUAGCACCUUCCCCCCACGAACAAUCCAACAUCAUGUCAUGCGCAACUCCUUCGAUACAUAUCGGUGUCACGUUGUAAAAUCUCCCCGUCUCAUUGAGU